AUGAUGCAACUAAGACUGAAUAAUGAAAUGACACCAUACGUCACAACACAUACACACUACGUCACAACACAGACACAAUACGUCACAACACAGACACCCAAAGUCACAACACAACAAGUCACAACACUACAAGUCACAACACAGACACAAUACGUCGGAAAAAAAGACAUACUACGUCACAACACUGACACAAUACGUCAUAACACAGACAUACUUCGUCAAAACAAAGACACACUACGUCACAACACAAACACUUCGCGUCACAACACAGUCACACUACGUCACAACACAUCCACAUCGCGUCCAAACAAAGAAACACUACGUCACAACACAGACACACCGCGCAACAACACAAACUCACCGCGCCACAACACAGACACACUACUUCAUAACACAGACACACCGCUUCAUAUCACACCACGUCACAACAAAGACAAAAUACGUCACAACACAGACACUCAACGUCACAACACAGACACACUACGUAAGAACACAGACACACUUCUUCACAUUACAGACACACAACUUCAGAACACAGACACACAACGUCAGAACACAGACAGACUACUUCAUAACACAGACACACGACUCCACAACACAGACACACUACGUCACAACACAGACACACUACGUCAGAACACAGACACACCACGUCAAAACACAGACACAGCACACCACAACACAGACACACAACGUCAGAACACAGACACACUACUUCAUAACACAGACACACGACGCCACGACACUUACACACUACGUUACAACACAGACACACUACACACAAAACGUCACAACACAGACACACCACUUCCGAACACAGAUACAUUACGUCAAAACAAAGACAUACUACGUUACAACACAUACACACUACGUAGAACACGAAACACUACGUCACAACACAGACACAAUGCGUCACAACACAGACACACCACGUCACAACACAGACAAGCCAAGCGACAACACAGACACACUUCGUCACAACACAGACAAACUACGUAUAACACAGACACACUAAGUCACAACACAGACACUAUACGUCACAACACAGACACACUACGUCACAACACAGACUCGCCACGUGACAACACAGACACACUUCGUCACAACACAGACACGCCACGUCACAACAUAGACACACUACGUCAUAGCACAGACACACUACGUCAUAACACAUACACACUACAUCUCAACACAGACACACAACGUCACAACACAGACAAACUACGAUAG